AUGGAAUUGAUUUGUUAUGCAUCUGAGAUUGAAAUACUUGGCCCAUUAUUUGAAGGCUAUUUACCUAAAUUGUACAAUCUUCCAGUCACCUUUCCGUUUCCAUUACCAAUAGUUGAAGAUGAGGAUGUUAUUCAACCUUUACCACCACCAAUUGUUGAAGAUUCAAAUAAUCCUUCAUACUUCACUAAAAACAAUUCUAAAAAGACUCAUCCUAUACAAUUAAUUCGAGAUUGGUCUGUUGAAUUAGAUAAGAUAAAUCAUAAAGUCGAAUCAAAUAGAAAUGAAUUCCCUAGAAAUUUUAAAGAUUAUUUUCAAAC